CCGAGCUCGCCCUGCCCCGCUCCCGAUGCUGGCGGAGGGUUUCUCCCUCCACCAUGAAGCUGCUGCGCUGCCUGCCCGCGAUCUUCAGCCACUGGCUGCUGCUGAAGGUGGUCUGCGUGGGGGGCCACAUGACCAAGACCCUGGGCUACCUGGAGCUGGGCACCUCCGGGCUCCUCAAGACCCUCCCGCCCGGCGCCUUGAAGCCCCCGGCCCGGCUGUUCUCCGGGGAGCCCUCGAAGGCCAAGGCCGGCGCCCUGAGCCCCUGGGCCUGGCCUAGGAACCAGACGGGCGCCGAGCCGCCGGGCCAGCGGGCCCAGCGCAAGCCCUCGCUCAAGACGGGCCGGGCCCGGAAGAUCUUCGGCUGGGGCGACUUCUACUUCAACAUCAAGACGCUCAAGUUCAGCCUCCUGGUGACGGGCAAGAUCGUGGACCACGUCAACGGCACCUUCAGCGUCUACUUCCGGCACAACUCCUCCAGCCUCGGCAACGUCUCCGUCAGCAUCGUGCCCCCGGGCAAGGUGGUGGAGUUCGACGUGCUGGGCCCCCCGCCGGCCCCCGAGCUCCAGCAGGCCACCCUGCCCCAGGCCAAGGAGCCCCGGGCCUUCAACUGCCACGUGGAGUACGAGAAGACCAACCGGGCCCGGAAGAACAAGCCCUGCCUCUACGACCCGGCCAAGGUGUGCUUCACCGAGCACACGCAGAGCCACGCCGCCUGGCUGUGCGCCAAGCCCUUCAAAGUCAUCUGCAUCUUCGUCUCCUUCUGCAGCUUUGACUACAAGCUGGUGCAGAAGGUCUGCCCCGAUUACAACUUCCAGCACGACCGCCCCUACUUCGGCUGAGCGCCCCGCCCGGCCCCCCAAAUAACCCAGCUCGCACAGCGGC